GUGCCGGUCGUGGGAACGUGCCGCACAUUGGAGGCAACAACGACGACGACUACAAGGAACAUCAGUGCGAGUCGCAUGUCUGUACACUUGGUAAGGUUGCCAUGUCUCCCUGGGUGCCAGAGGGCCAAGACCUGAGGUGGCGUUGCAAGUACUGCACCGAAGGCUGUCCCGCUAAACUACCCUUCUGGUUCAAGUCCGUACACGAAAAAGUCUGCAAAUUCCGGCCAUGUCCUUGCGUACUAGGUGCCAUGUCGUGCUCAUGGAAUGGUCCGCUGAAAGACCUUGUCACUCACAUCGUUCGGAGUCACAGCUUCGUACCGAAAUUUCAAGGCGAGCAGGUCGCGGUCACUGCCAACGACUUUCAGCGAGCGGAGGACUUCAGCUGGUUCACUCUUCUCUCCUGCUUUGGCCAGCACUUCCUCUUGAUGCUCAUGAAGCGCCGGUCCCCCGAAGACGAAGACGAGACGUACUUCAACGCCGUGGUGCUGCUGAUAGGUCCUAGCGUCGAGACACUGAACUUUGCUUACCGCCUCGAGUUCGUCGCCCAGCACUGCCGUCUCACGUGGGAGAGCAAACCGGUCAGCGUCCAUGGGAUUGCCGACAUUUCAGUAACGAGCGGCGGAGGCUUUCGAUUCAUAGCCGAGACUGUGCGGCAGUUCACAGACGGCAAGGACCUGAGCUUCAAUGUCAUCAUCUCAGAAUGCAGCAGUCCCGUCACAUGGGAAAGGCAUAUCAGGCGCGGGGUCGCAGCCCAGGAUCUCUGGGCAAGCGUGUCCGGUUAAUGAGGAUAGCAAUAGGGGCUUGUUGGUACGGCAUAUCUUAUUUUGUUAUAGCGCAAGCUUGACAAGCUGAUGUGCCUUCUUUUGUCCUUGUCAAGCUUGCGCUAUAACAAGAUAAGGUGUCCGGUUAACGGCAGCAUCCGGGAAACGACGUACGCCUCGGCUGAGUUCCGUGCUAGCGAUGACGCCGUAGCCUUACCUCGUUGCGGUCUUGUAACAGGCUACCAUUUACUUCAGUUAUUCCCGAGUCAAUUUCCUGCGCUUGACUAGUGACCACAUUGCAAAACUCAGUGCCAUGGGGACACAGUAGCUAAUGCGACGGCGGGUUAUGCGCUCACUGCCGCGCCGGAUACUGAAGCGCUAGACUGGCGCUGCAUGCAUGGAGGCGCUCGGUAUAAUGGUGCAGUAACCAAGUGUGGAGCGAAGAAAAAAAAAAGCGCUGCCUACCUACUGUAUACCAAGCGUUUAAAUAAAGUGAGAGACAGGGCAUCGUGCAAUGAAAAUUAAAACAGCUACCGCAAGAAUGGGAACCUAUUAGCCACGGGGCACAAGCCCAGUAUUCUACGCCUACUCCAAGAGGGGCAGCGGUUGUCAGUAGGUGUUCACAUGUAUGAAAGAAGGAAAUAGUUUUGAGCGAGCAUUACGCCACGCAGCCAUGGAGCCUGCCUGGGCAAGCGAAUUCUCCGAGAAGCCAUUUCAUUUGCUUUUUCCCUCGCAAUAUCUGCCGAUGUUUGCUUUCCGGUAUUUCUUAAUCGAUGCGGCGUUAGUUAAGCCCUGCCAUUAAAACCUAUCAUGCACUCUGACGUGA